UGAGCGGCGCGGGUCAGCCAAGCUGGGGUUCGAGAUGGGAGAAUAAUUGGGCGGCGCACAUCUGGCCGGCACUUUGCAAUCUCCUCUCAUUCAGAUUCCCAUAAUUUCCUCCUUUCGAUGAAGAAAGCAAGUCUCGGAUAGGUUAGGUGGCAGCGGAGGGUGGGGCACAGGGGAGAGAGCGAUAGCGGAGAAAGGGGCGAGCGCCGAGCUCCGAGACAAGGCGGGAGCUGAGCGCCGCAGGGGGUGGGCGGCGGACGCUGGAGGAUCGGGGGCGGGCCGGCGGCAGGCCGGGGAGUGGAGUGGGGAGGAGGGAUCGGCCGGCACACGCCGCCCCUGGCAGGCGGCCCGAGCGCGCACGAGGAGCUGCCGCUGCUGCCGCCGCCGCCGCCGCCGCCGCCGCCGCUCGGGAUCGCCUUGAGCCCCAGAUUCCGGAGCGCUCGGCUCUCAUGGCAGCCGCCUCGGCGCCCGGCCCCGAGGCCCGCUAGGGGCGGCCCCGCGCCCCAGCUCGGCCCCACGGCGGAGCCCGUCGGAUCCGGCCUCGCUUUGCGCCCGGAGCGCGCCGCCUCGCAGCCCGAGAGCCUGAUUCCGGGCCGUGUCACCAACCUCCUCGCUGGUUCAACCCUUCCCCGCCCCUGCUCGGCCGCUGCCUGCACCCCCUUCUUCUGACGGACUCCCCUCUCCCCCUCGGCUCCUAUCGCUCAGAACCGCAAUCCGUGCAGCUUAUCUCCGCAUCCGACCGCCUCCCAGCCUGUGCCGUCCCACAGGUGUCCGCACGUACGGCCGUCCAUCCGUCCGUCCUUCUUGGGGCCGGCGCUGACCAUGCCCAGCGGCUGCCGCUGCCUGCAUCUCAUGUGCCUGUUGUGCAUCCUGGGGGCACCGGUUCAGCAUGCCGUAGCCGAUGACUGCAGCUCCCACUGUGACCUGGCCCACGGCUGCUGUGCGCCUGACGGCUCCUGCAGGUGUGACCCAGGCUGGGAGGGGCCGCACUGUGAGCGCUGUGUGAGGAUGCCUGGCUGCCAGCACGGUUCCUGCCACCAGCCCUGGCAGUGCAUCUGUCAUGGUGGCUGGGCGGGCAAGUUCUGUGACAAAGAUGAGCACAUCUGUACCACGCAGUCCCCCUGCCGGAACGGAGGCCAGUGCGUAUAUGACGGGGGCGGCGAGUACCACUGUGUGUGCCCACCAGGCUUCCAUGGACGGGACUGUGAGCGCAAGACUGGACCCUGCGAGCAGGCAGGCUCCCCGUGCCAGAAUGGCGGCCAGUGCCAGGACGACCAGGGCUUUGCCCUCAACUUCACGUGCCGCUGCUUGGCCGGCUUUGUGGGUGCCUACUGUGAGGUGGAUGUAGACGACUGUCUGAUGCGGCCUUGUGCUAACGGCGCCACCUGUCUGGAUGGCAUAAACCGCUUCUCCUGCCUCUGCCCUGAGGGCUUUGCUGGACGCUUCUGCACCAUCAACCUGGAUGACUGUGCCAGCCGCCCAUGCCAGAGAGGGGCCCGCUGUCGGGACCGGGUCCACGACUUCGACUGUCUCUGUCCCAGCGGCUAUGGCGGCAAGACUUGUGAGCUCGUCUUACCUGGCCCAGACCCUGCCACCAUGGCAGAUAUGCCCCUGGGGCCCACCUCGGCUAUGGUGGUGCCUGCCACGGGGCCUGUCCCCCACAGCGCAGGGGCCGGUCUGCUGCGCAUCUCAGUGAAGGAGGUAGUGCGCAGGCAAGAGGCCAGGCUAGGUGAGUCUAGCCUGGUGGCCGUGGUGGUGUUUGGGGCCCUCACUGCCACCCUGGUCCUGUCCACGGUGUUGCUGACCCUGAGGGCCUGGCGCCGGGGGGUCUGUCCCCCUGGACCCUGUUGCUACUCUGCACCGCACUAUGCCCCAGCACGCCAGGACCAAGAAUGUCAGGUCAGCAUGCUGCCUGCAGGGCUCCCCCUGCCACCUGACCUGCCCCCUGAGCCUGGAAAGACCACGGCACUGUGACGGAGGUGGGACUUUGUGCCGCCUCCACCUCCGCUGUCCUUCAGACUGGAAUGGUCCUCACUUGCCACCCCUCAGCAGCUUCACACAAGAAAUAUUAUUUUUUUAAUACACAGAAUGUAAGAUGGGAAUCUUAUUCAAUAAAACUAUGACGGUAUAAGUGGA